CGCAGCGACCGGGUGCUUUUCGUCUUGUCCAACCCAGGGAGCGCGCCGUCAGCCUGCCUCGCUAGCGCGCACCCUCCCCAUCCCGCGCUCAGUGUGUCCGGGGCCGCGCAUGCGCGCUGCGGUCCUGUGGUCGCGGGAGAGAGAGAGAGGCACCGGGCUGUGUGUAGCGGUCGAGGCGGCGGCGGCUGUGGGCAGAGGAGCUGCUGCUGCUGCCCCGGGAAGGAGCUGCCAGGCGGUGCUGGGAUUUACCCGGAGUACGGAGUGACUGGAGGAGCCGGUACCGCGCUCGGAUGCCACUCCCUGUCUGCGCUCCGGUAACCGGGGAGAGGAGAGCCUCCAUUCACUAGUGCAGAAGACGAGGAGAGCGGGCACCAUGAGUGAGCAGAGCAUCUGCCAAGCCCGGGCUGCUGUAAUGGUUUACGACGAUGCCAACAAAAAAUGGAUUCCGGCAGGCGGCUCAACGGGGUUUAGCCGAGUUCAUAUCUAUCACCACACAGGAAAUAACACGUUCAGGGUGGUGGGCAGGAAAAUCCAGGAUCACCAGGUGGUGAUCAACUGUGCCAUUCCUAAGGGGCUGAAGUACAACCAAGCGACUCAGACCUUCCACCAGUGGCGAGAUGCAAGGCAGGUGUACGGCCUCAAUUUUGGGAGCAAAGAAGAUGCCAAUGUAUUUGCAAGUGCCAUGAUGCAUGCUCUGGAGGUGCUGAACUCCCAGGAAUCAUCGGGUGAGCAAAGUCCAACGUUGUCCCGGCAGAAUUCUCAUAUACCCCUACAAGUGCAGAAUGGCCCGUCGCAGGAAGAGCUGGAGAUCCAGAGGAGGCAGCUGCAGGAACAGCAGCGGCAGAAGGAACUGGAACGCGAGCGAAUGGAACGCGAGCGGAUGGAGCGCGAGCGGAUGGAGCGCGAGAUGUUGGAGCGAGAGCGUAUAGAGCGCGACAGACUGGAGCGGGAGAGGCUGGAGAGGGAAAGACUGGAACGAGAACGCCUGGAGCGCGAGCGCUUAGAGCAAGAGCAACUGGAAAGAGAGCGAGAGAGACUGGAGAGAGAGCGAGAGAGACUGGAGCGGGAGCGUCAGGAGCAGCUAGAGCGCGAGCUGCAGGAACAUGAGCGGCUAGAGCAGCAGGAGCGGCAGGAGAGGGAGCUGCAGGAGCAGCUGGAGAAGGAGCAGCUGCAGUGGGAACGUGAGAGGAGAGUGUCCAACGCUGACUCAUCGUUCGACAGUUCUUUAUAUAACGCUCAAAAUCUCGAUUUCUCGAGCUGUCAGCCCCACUCCGCAUCUCCCAUUUCUUACGCUAAAGCCAUUUCCGUCCCUAUCUCCUCUAUAUGUACAGACUCCAUUGCAGACUACGUCAUUGUAACCUCUCAGUCCAUUAACUCAACGCCACCCACACCUCCACUCCGGCACUCUGCAUCGCGUUUCGCCACGUCUCUAGGCUCCGCCUUCCAUCCUGUCCUUCCCCAUUAUGCAACUAUUCCUCGACCCUUAAAUAAGGUUGCCCGACCACCUUCUCCGGUGAACCCUGCACCUCCACCUCCACCACCCCCUCCUCCCGUGAAGCCUAUCUCCUGGUCUGCUUCUAAUUUUGCCCCGCUACCUCCAUCCCCGCCUGUAAUGAUUAGCAGUCCUCCUGGGAAGGCAACUGGCCCACGGGCAGUCCACCUAGUCUCUGCUUCUCAGUUGGCCCUCAUAACCACCGCGCCUAAUGGGCAUGCAGACAUGUCGCCAUUUGAAUUGUCCUGUGCUCCCCCACCACCGCCUCCACCUCCAUUACCAUUGUUUCCACCUUUUUCCCUGUCUUCAUCUCAAGCUGUCGCUCCGUCUCCAAACACUCCUAUUGUCUCAGCUUCUUCAUCCCAGCCUAGUGUUCUCCCUUCUCCUUCUGCAGCCUCCCCUGCCUCUGUUGAGAAUUCUUUAAACUCUGUGCUGGGAGACCCCUGUGCUUCUCAGCCAGACUUCACCACAACCUCUCAGCCGAUUGACCCUGCGUCCCAUCCGGGUGCGCUUCCAGGACCACCUUCACCGCCACCUCCACCCCCCCUGCCUUCAGGUUCAAGCUUGUCUCAAGUAACUGCACCCCCUCCUCCUCCUCCAGCUCCCCCUCUUCCCCCUUCAGGUCCCGCUCCCCCUCCACCUCCUGGGCCUCCGCCGCCCCCUGGGCCUCCACCACCAGCACCAAUGGCUGCACCUCCGCCGCCAGCUCCACCACCUGCACCGCCACUUCCGUUCUCUGCAGCUUCCAUGGGCUCAGACGAGAACCGUCCUUUAUCAGGCCUGGCCGCUGCGCUGGCUGGAGCGAAACUUAGAAAAGUCUCUCGGACUGAAGAAGCCAUCAGUCAGAACAGCGCAAGUUCUGUCGGUGCCGGCCCGUGUCCCGCUAAGACGGAAUCUAGCCGUGGGAACGGUCCCCUUCCGAUGGGUAGUAGUGGAGGACUGAUGGAAGAGAUGAGUGCAUUACUAGCAAGGAGGAGAAGAAUUGUAGAGAAAACACCAACAAUAGAACCGGACGCAAAAGAAGAUAAGAUGGAGGAGCCGGAGCCCGCACCUAUAAAAGCGCCUUCUGCUGGCACACCUGAACCGACAAGGAAGCCUUGGGAAAGAACAAACACAAUAAAUGGUAGCAAAUCACCUGUUAUCUCCAGACCAAAGUCUACACCAACGGGGCAGCCAAGUGCCAAUGGGGUUCAGUCAGAAGCCUUGGACUAUGACCGAUUGAAACAGGACAUUUUAGAAGAAAUGAGGAAAGAAUUAACAAAACUAAAAGAAGAGCUUAUUGAUGCCAUCAGGCAAGAGCUGGGAAAAUCAAACAGUGCAUAGAGGAGAGGGACACGAAUCUGCUCACAUGCCCUAAUUAGUAAGAACUCCUUUUUCUAAGCUGUUUUAAAGGCAGAUGCUACACCCGGGGAACAGCAUAUAAAGAACUUUCAGAGACUUCACUUUGGAUGUAUACAAAACUAUCUCCUGGUUUUCUGCAUCAUUUUUUUUUUUCUCUUUUUUUUCUGCGCUUUGAGAGCGACGGGGAAAAUGGUCUUAAAGUUUCUAAACACUUUUGCAGAAGUUACUUUAUUUUCCUGUCCUAUGAGCUUGCAGCGCAUAUACCAGUCACGUGGAGAAACAAACAGCAAUCAUUGCACAUAACUUUCAGUAUGUAAUCGGCAAGUGGUCCAGCAGGUUGUGCAGUUGUGUGCUGCAAGUGUAACUCAGGUUUGUCUUCCUAUAAUAUUUGAUAUUUCCAUUUAUUAAGAUAACACACACAUACGCGCGUUGUAGAAUGUAUGACAUAGAGUUGUGUUCUGGGCACAUGAAGACGUGUAGUCACAGCGCAAUAUUUGGGAGAAGUUUUAGUGUUCCACAUCAAGAGGGUUUUAAUUUUAUACAUAUUUUUUGAUACUGAGUCAAGGAUGCCUCUUGGUUUUUUUUUUUUUUUUGUAGUUUCAUUUAAGAUGAUAAAUAUCUGUUUAAAACAAAAACAAAACAUAAAUGCCUUCAUAACUUGUUAUAAUGCUUUACCAAAACAAAAACCUCUUUAACGAGAGAGAUCUGCAUUAAGUCAAUGGUAUGAUUUGAAAGAUUUCCUUUAUCUUGCAUGGGGGCAAAUUCUGUGAGCCUAGUAACACGUUGGAAAGAACGUCCGUUUCACUACGGAUUCUGCGGCCGUUUCACUACGGAUUCUAUGACUGUCGUUUCCCACAAAUGCUUCUCUCAAAUCUUGCAGCCGGGGGUUUGAGCUUUCCGUUGGGCUUAAGUGCCCUUUCAAACAUAACAGCGGCCAUCUUGUGACUUCUUUCUAUCUUCAUGAUCCACUUCCCAAACAAGCAAUUUGCUGUUUUGUAGGUAAUUGUUUUUUAACAUUUUAUUAUGGCAUUUGAUAACGGAGUGGGUUAUGCUGAUGAUUGGUAUGUUAGAGGAAAGAUUUGUUUUUAAGUAAAAGCUGGUCUGUUUGAAAGAUGACUAGCUUAUGGGGAAAAAAUCCAGUUUGACCUUCGACAACUAACUUUUUUGCUGGAAAAGUUCAAAGGCUUUCAGUUAAGAAUGGCACUGGAGAGUUACAUUGCAAUGCAAAGUUCAAGAGGAUGUGUUGGAAGAGGAGUGCAAUCUUAGCCUUGUUUGGAACCGUGCCAUAUGGAAAUUCUACUCAGAGAACCACUUUCACUGCAGCUCAAAAGAAAGGAAAAUGUAAAACCUACCCCCAGUAAGUUCUAGCUGCCAAAGCGAAACGCGCCUACAGGAAGCUUUGACCAUGGACAUCAAUCACUUUUAAUGCUCUUCUGGCACUUAUCAAACACAGAGUUCCGGACUCUAUAUAUACAAAAAAAGGAAAAAAAAUAUAUAUAUACCAAUAUCACAGCCUCUUCAUUUUCCCAAAAAACUUUUGUGCAUGGUACGAAGUAAAGGCAUUGUUGACUAAUGCAACAAGCUUAUCCAGGACUGGCUCACCCUAAAUGCGUUGGAGUCAUCACCAUCGUUUAAUAACCGUUUACUUCUGUUACUGCAAACAUUUUCAACAAUUAGAGUUCAGCCAUGUUAUGUGAUGCUAUCCACGUGUCAUUUCUUUUGCUACGUAAUAAUUAAGACUAAGCCAACUCUUAAUAUGGCACAUGACUGAGGGCAGUCCAAAGUCAGACAGUCCAUGGGUUGUAAUCUCCCCCCCUGCGUAUUGAAUGAAACCAGUUUAUGCACUAUUGCGUUUUUGUGCCUUGGUCUAAAAUGAACAUGAUUUCAGUUAUAGAGUAAUCAAAUGUCUUCACUUUGUGUUCACAUCUUGUCUUGCAUAUCCAUUUUAUUUUAUUGAAUCCCAGCCCACUCACCCAGGUUCCCUCCAACCCCUAAAAUAUUGCUGGGGUAUUUUUGGUUUUCUUUCAGCGAUUAUCUUGGAUACGUAAAGUAUACCCGCUGAUUAUUGGCCCAGUAGAGAUUUCAGUGAUUCAAUAAGAGGCGGCUGUUACUGCUUCAUGUACAAUCCAGGGAGUGCUGCAAAAACACAUUUCCGGGGGAAUAUCUUGUUUGUGUUUUGAUGUCUUAACCUUAGGACAGUUUGAGACGUCCUUUCCACUUUUUUCUGUUUAUUUUUCGCAACACUGUGACCUAAGCUGUGAUUAAAAUAACCAAGGGUUUUUUAAAAAAAAAAUUGAAUCACAAUGGAACUGAAUGUACAAAUCAAGUGUUGGUGCUGAAAUCUCUACUCAUCCUGGUAUAGACACUUGUCCUCUCCUAUUUUAUGUGUCUCAUUUGAAACCGUAGUCAAAACACUCAAACGAAUGUCACAUGUCCUUUGCUUUCCACUUUUAGUUUUGUUUUCUAAGUCCUCUUUGCUAUUUUAUACCAUUUGUUUUUUUUGUUUUUUAUUUACUACAUGCUAACUUUUUGUUUUUAUGUUUGAGCAAAUUAAAUAAAAUUGCAAUAUAUGUGUUGCCACUGUUGGUCUGA